CAUCAUCCACUCACUUCAAAUCUCAUUCUUUCCAUCUCCAUCCUUUCUUUGAGCCCAGCUCCAUCCCAAGAAAAAGAAAAGAAAAAAUCUUAACCAUGCGCGUCUCCGUCCUCAUCGCAACCCUGGCCUCGGCCACCGCCGUCAGCGCCGCCUGCGCGGCCGACAACUGCCUCAGAAACGUCAGGGGUCAGCCGGUAGGCAGGGCCUUCUGCGCGACCUUCACCACCGCCGUCGUCAACGCGACCAUCGGCCUGCCCGCCGGGAUCUUGCCGUCGUGCGGCGUCGUGCGCCUCUCCAGCGCCUGUUCCUGCGUCUUCCCCGCCUCCACCGCGGUUUCAACGACGCUGACGACGGCGACGACGACGACGACGACCAUCAGUUCGACAACGACGACAGGGCCGACGGCGACGACGUCGGGGGGCUCGGUCUGCUCCGAGACUUUCACCUCUUUUAUCACGGAGACGAUUCCCGCCAGCACAAUCACCAUCGCCGCUAGCGUCGAGACCGUGACGCUCCCGCCGUUCACGUUGACCGUCAGCCUCCCCAUCGUGACGGCCACCAUCAUCUCUACCAUCACCCUUCUGCCCUCGAUCGUGCCUCCCAUCGAGUUCCCCUCGGUAACCACCACCGGGUCCUCGACGGAAUCCUCGACGGGGUUCUCGACGGAGUCCUCGACGGGAUUCUCGACGGAGUUCUCGACGGGGUCCUCGACGGAGCCCACUCCUGAGCCUACCCCGACGCCCAGUUCCGAUUCUACCACAACCACCACAACCACUACUCUCUAGGGGGUUUAACCCACGACUCGGACGAUAGAGAUCGGUCGUGAAGUACGUGAAUGGAUUCAAGGCAUCUGUGCGUGCGCAACGGGUGGGAGGAUACUCUGUGGAGUGGUUGUGCGCGGGGGUCUCCUGUACGGCCCCAAGCCGAGGGCAGGAAGCCUUUGGAAUGGGAACAUUUGGUUUUGUGCUUGCAAAAACCAACUUACAUGAAUUACGCUCGUUACAUUUGAGGCAUGGAGUAGAUGGGCGCGGACGGCCUCCCGCGGAACGGAC